AUGGCCUCAGAAUACCGCCUCUACGAAUACACACCCUCCACCGCCGCCGCCAUUACAGCAACCGCCUGCUUUGGCCUCAUUACAAUAUGCCAUCUAAUCCACUACUUCGCGCAGCGAACAUGGUUCUUUAUUCCGUUUAUAAUAGGGGGGAUAUUCGAAACAACCGGCUACACAGCCCGCAUAAUCAACAGCCAACAACCGCCUCUCCAAUGGACCACAGCACCAUACAUAAUGCAAGAGCUGCUGCUGCUCCUCGCUCCAUCUCUCUUCUCAGCAUCUAUCUACAUGGUUCUAUCCCGGAUUAUCCGCGUAUCAAAGGGGGAGGAGCGGUCACCCGUGCCAGCUCGUUGGAUAACGAGGAUUUUUGUUAUCGGGGAUGUGGUUGCCAUUUUGGGGCAGGCGACGGGCGGAGGAAUCCUCUCCCAAACAUCAUUCUCAACGACCUCCUCGAAAUCAAACACAUCCCGCCAGAAACUCGGUAACUGGAUAAUCAUCGGUGGAUUAAUAGCACAAGUCAUCUUUUUUGGGCUAUUCAUCCUCGCUUCGGGGGUGUUUGAUGCGCGAAUGAGCAAACGUCCAUACCCGCCGCGGCGGACGCGCAGUAGACACCGUCAUCAUCAACCUCGUCGUCGUCGCUUUCCCCCAUGGCGACAGUUGCUGAGAGUGCUGUACAUCGUGGAUAUUUUGAUUAUAGCGCGCUGCAUAUUCAGGGUUGUGGAGUUUGCGCAGGGAAGGACUGGAGUGCUACAGAGGAAGGAGGUGUGGAUGUAUGUGUUUGAUGGGUUGUUGAUGUUUUUGGUUAUGGUUUUGUUGUUGAUUUGGCAUCCUAGUAGGCUUGGGUAUUAUUAUGGGAAGAGGGAGGGGAGGGGGGAGGAUGUGGAAGAGGGGAAGAAGAGGAGAAAGAGAAGGCAGAGGAGAGAGGGGGGGGGGUCGAGCCAUCGGAGGACUAGGGAGUGGUUUGAAGGUGGGGGUGUCAUUUGA